UAUUUUUUUCUAUUUCCAGAUGCAACCAUGACAGACUGUAACUCACUGAACACAGCCUUUGCAGUGCUUCUUGUCUCUUUAUGUGGAGUGGCAGAUGUGUUGAGAUUAGUGUCUGGGUCCUGCCAGUCAUCCGUUUGUAUGAAUGGAGGUUCAUGCAUCUCAUAUCAAGUGUCUACCACUGCCACUGCCAACAUAACUCAGGAAGCGUGCUUAUGUCCAGAGGCAUUUACUGGUCAGCAUUGCGAAGAAUCAGCAACAUACAUCUACUUGGAAUGGACUGCCUACGCUGUACUGGAAAGUGAGCCGGAGAUCCACAUAUCCGUGUUUCGGUUUGGUGUUUUGGACAGAUUCUCAACAGUCGCAUUUCAAACGCAAUCUCUGGGUGCCGUCUCAGGCUCGGACUUUGAGAGUUAUUUUCAAGUGAUAACCUUUGAGCCUGGGGCGCAUAACGUGAAUGUGACAAUCCCGAUCAUCGAUGAUUUCGUUGAAGAGGAUUCGGAGUCGUUUGCAGUCAGUCUGAAAAGUCCAAGCGGUGCCAGUUUGGAGUAUCCGUACGAAACUGCUGUGGUGCACAUUCUUGACGAUGACUCAAUGUCACUUCAAGUAUUCCCCCUUGAGUCGACAGUCAGAGUCUCUGAGUCGGUGGGGAUCAUUGGAAUUGAGCUGCUGAGGUCGGGACUGAUCGACAGGGUCGUCAACGUCACUGUCAGUCAAAUACCUAAUAACAGCACCUACGCCCUGGCACGGAUGGCCGAUUCUGACCUCCUGAGCGACAGGAUGCAGUCGUUCAGGCCAGGGGAGCAUCAGCUGGUCAUUUUCCUCCAGAUCAACGACAAUGAUAAACGGCAGGGGACCAGGGAAUUUUCGUUGAUGUACCGAGUCCGACAGGACAGCCUCAGGAUCGACUUCCAAGACCUCAUCAGCAUCAUCAUUGAUGACGAUGAGAAUGCCCUAGCCCGUCCGUCAGAUUCUCCUACUGUGUCCCCAGGUCAAGCCUAUGUGUAUUUCGUCGGCCUGCCGUACAUCACCAAGGAAAGCGACGGUCCGCUCCAGAUACCGAUUUUUCGACUCGGCGAUCUCAAUGUGAUGUGCGAGAUCGAGAUCUAUACUUCCAGUGGGACGGCAAUUGACGGUGAGGAUUUCAUAGGCAUCCGAGAGAUUAUCACGAUGGACCCAUUUGCAGCAUCCACGACAGCUUUUAUCUUUAUCUAUGACGAGCCAGCGAUCACAGAAGUGAUGGAUGAAGUCUUCUAUGUCACCAUGAAUGUUAUAGAGGGCGGUGCUCCGGGACGACCCAGUGAGCAGACAGUGGCCGUGAUCAUCCAAGCUGACAUUACGACCACUGCGACUGUGCAGUUUUCGACAGCUUCAGACGUGGCACUGGAGAGUGAUGGUGUCAUCACCAUCAGCGUAGCCAGGCAAGGAUUACUGGAUCAGCAAAUUUCUGUAGUUGUGCUCACACAAGGAGCCACCGCUGAGUCCUCCCUGGAUUUCAUCCCCAUGGAGGGGGUCGUCAUCUUCCCACCCCAGUCCGUACUGCAGACCCUUGAGAUUGAGAUCAUAGACGAUGUUGAGGUUGAGGACGUGGAGUGGUUUUAUGUCACCCUUGGUUCAGUCAGUCAAGGCAUGCUGGGUACUCCGGACAGAACCGAGAUAAUGAUCAUUGACGAUGAUGGAUCAGCUUUUACAGUACCCUCUUCAACUGAGUUCUCUACCACAUCGAGUCCAGCAGUGCAAGACUUCAUCCUAUACAUCAUCAUCGCUGUUGUCGUAGUCGCUGUUCUCGUCGUCAUUGUUAUCAUCGUGAUCUUUUACUUGCGCUACCGACGAUCGAAAGAGAGACGUCCUCGAAAGUUUGAUGAGAUCCCCAUGGGUAGUAAGCUCUCGACACAGAAAGUUCGUUCCAAUUCCUACCUUAAUCGCGGCUCCCCAGUUCCAAUCGUAAAAGGCGCCGUCGUCCCGCAGAGAGAAGUGGACCCAGACACCAAGGAAUAUCCCCGCGAGAAGUUGCGCUUUUACGAGGACGUUGGCAGUGGGGCGUUUGCCACUGUCUUCCGGGCGCAAGCCGUGGGGAUACACCGGCCCGGCGUGGUGUCCACCGUGGCAGUCAAAGUUCUCAAAGAGACGGCAUCAGAGAGCGAUAAGAGUGACUUCCUCAAGGAACUGGCCGUCUUUAAGAUGCUGGACCCUCAUCCAAACAUCAUGACCAUGCUGGGAUGUUGCACGGCUGUUGAACCUCUCUACAUCAUCCUUGAGUUCAUGCCCCAUGGUAAUCUUCAGGGCUACCUCCAACGGAUCCGCACAGGCAAGGAGAAGAGCCACCCAGGGUACCUGGAUGCCACCCAGCGCGUCAUUCAGCCCGAGGAGGUCUUGAAAUUUGCCUCGGAGAUUUGCAGGGGCAUGGAAUAUUUGGCAUCAAAAGAGUGUAUUCAUCGAGAUCUUGCCUGUCGUAAUAUCUUACUUGCCGAGGACUAUGUCUGCAAAGUUUCUGACUUUGGUCUGGCCCGCGAGGUCGAGGGAGAACAGCAGUACGAGAUGAAAUCAAAGGGCAGGGUACCAGUACGUUGGUUGGCUCCCGAGAGUCUACUCCAUAACCUGUACACCUCUCAAAGUGAUGUCUGGUCGUUCGGUGUACUGAUGUGGGAACUGGUCACACUUGGUUCCCACCCUUAUCCAGGCAUGUCAUCUCAGCAGGUCAUUAGCCAAGUCCAGAAGGGUUACCGGCUUCCGAAACCAGAGCACUGCAGCCAAGAAAUCUAUGACAUGAUGGUGAGUUGUUGGAUGGAGGAUCCAGAGAAGAGACCCACAUUCCAGGGGUUGCGUUUCCGUAUCGAGGCUAUGCUCAGCGACGCGCAGGGUUACCUGCAGAUGGAUGGUUUCCGGGAGGAUGACUAUAUCUACAUGUCAGUGGGGCAGGUGUCGGAUGAUGAGGACAGAACGUUGACCUCUGACAACAACCAAGUCAUUGAGGAGGAUAGCCUUUAGAUGGAAGUCACAUUCUGGGGUCAGUUUCAUGGACAUUCAAAAAGGACUUGAAUUUAACACUGUUUAAAAUAUUGAUACUGAGAGCCAGUUCCGGUGUGAACUACAGUUAACCAUAGUUCUACUAACUUCCCUUGAACACACGAUGGUUGGACUUCUCUAGUCGACUAUUUGGAACCAGACCACGGGGUUCGGUUCCAUCACUGGUUACCAAUAGCUGCGCACAUCAUAACGCACAACAGGGAGCCAGGACCAAGAAGUUUCAUGAUGAUGUUCUGACCAUCGUUUGACUAGGGGCGUUAGCACGCUGCUAUUAGUGCGCAGGCGUAAGUUACGUCACAAAUCAACCACUAGUUGACUCAUGGUCCUCGUCCGAACUUGCUCUGAGGUUCAAGUGAGAGGUUGAGAGGUUGCUCUGAGGAUCAAGCACGUUGUUAUUAGUGUGCAGGCGUAAGUUAUGUCACAUAUCAACCACUAGUUGACUAAUUGUCCUUUCCCAAA